AUGGCAUACUGCGGUAUUGCCAUUGUUGUGGGCCAAUAUGGUGGAGGUGUGAAUUAUCUAGAGGUUCCGGCGGCAAUGCAGGUUUCUUUCCGCAAGUUCUGCUACGUCGCGACAGUCUUCUACUGCCCCAUGAGUCUCUUCGUGAAAUACGCCUUGCUUUCCAUCUUGAUCCGGAUCUUCUCGCCAUACCGGGGCCGCAUUAUGUUCAUUUAUGUUCUCCUCGGAUGCCUGACCGUCUACUACAUCAUCGCUGAAAUUGUCAAAAUCCGCAUGUGCGACCCCGUCCCGGCAUAUUGGACGGGAGAACCGGCCAACUGCCUCGAUCAAAAAGCUGCAUUGAUUGCCGACUCGGUUAUCAGCGUCAUUACCGACAUUAUGAUCCUUGUCCUGCCGCUGCCGCUGACCUGGUCGCUACAAAUGUCGCGGAGCAAGAAGCUCCGAGUCAUCGGCAUGUUGUCCGCUGGAGGGCUCGCCACGGCCUUCAGUGUUUACCGACUGAUCCUGGUUCUGAAAGACGGUAGCUCGCCUAAUACUACUGUAAUGUUUAUGUGUGUGAUUCUGUCAGGUAACGCGGAAGGAGGAGUCGGUCUCAUCUGCGCCUGUCUCCCGACGAUGAACAUCUUGAUCAACAAACUGCGCAAAGCCGGCUACAGCUACGGCUCGAACAAGUACUACCAGGACGAGUCCUCGAUGCACCUCAGCAAAAUGAAAGGCGCCAACAGCAAGGGAUUCUCCGCCAUCGGAUCGAAGGCUUCCCGAACCGAGCCCGAAUUUGGAUCCGACCAGAGCCAUCUGAUUGCGUACGCAGGCACCGUCGACAUGAGCGCCACCGGCGAUGGCGGGAUCCAUAAGACCGUUGACGUAUCGCAAACAGUGGAGGUGCUGGCUGGAGAAUCGUCCUCGAACCAUUCCGACCAUCACACGCGCUUUUAG